UGCACAGGGCGACCUCUUCUUCUCUCAGAUGCUGUUCAAGUGAUUGCCACGCAGGCACGAACCAUGAGAAGGAGUCAGUCGUUGAAGAGCUUGUCUGGGCUUCAUGAAGACUCAUGGGUCCAAUCAGCGCUCACUCUUCGGGACAGGAAGUCCGUUUUACAGCUAGUGCAACAGUAUCAAAGCUUUGGAGACUUGAGGGCCAGUGAAAAAGCGGAGCACAAACACCAGGUACCCGCAGUGGGCAGGAGAUGGGAGAGCAGGGAGAACAUAGAUACCCUGGGGUCUGGGAGGGGUUUGCCUCUGUCCAGGUGUCGCUCCAUGGACUGCCUCCCUCAGAGGGAAGCCUCGAGUACCAGUGCAUUGCGUGCCCUGUUUGAGUCAAAGGCUGCGCGGCAGCAGGACUUUCCCAGCAGCCCUCGUCCCAGGAGCUCGUCAGCCAUGAGCAGUAAGACAGCGCAAGAGUGCCGGCCAGUGGCUUGGAGAGGCCACAGCACCCCUAUGCAGGACAAAACCACUGAGGUGGAAAGGCAAAAUAAUGGAAGUGGACUCAUGGAUUCUCACGCCAGAGCAUCCAGAUACUCACACGCUGACAGGCAGAGAGGGGCACUGACAGAGACCCACACAGAGUCAAACAACACAGGGGCUGCUAGGGACAAUAUUGGAGCUUCCUCCAACACAGAACCCAGAACUGAAUCAUACCACCAAGCAACUGCGGACUACGCUAAAAAGCACUUUUACGACAGGAGGAGUCCACAGUCAACUUACGGAGACGCCCAAACAAGACCAGGUCGAGACAGGAGCGUCGGUUCUGGCUCAGUGAAAGACAGAUCAGCUCUCUACCUGUCAAGGGUGUCAGCCAAAGACUCCACAGGAGGUUCAACACAGCCAGAGUUCAUUGGUGCUUCAGGACAGAGGGCUAAAUCCAGCAAGAUGGCCAAUGUAACCAGAAAAAUCACAGUUUCAGACACUUCUCACGAUGAAGAUGACCUGCCUCUCCCCCCACCUCCCCUCGUACCAACCAGACCCCUCGACUAUGAGGGGCCUUCGUCACCCAUUGGCCUCCCUAUGCCUCCACCCAAAGAAAGCUUCUCAGCAUUCUACCAGCAAAGACAGAAGAGUGAGCUGAAGAGGCUUUUCAAACACAUUCAUCCAGAGAUGCGAGCCAACCUCGAUGAUGUUGUGGAUGAUGAGCUGGUAGAGACGAUGCAGUCAGAGAUCACCCAAGCAGCAGAUGCAGGGUAUCACGGUGAGGUACAAUCCAUGAGGUGGAUCUUCGAGAACUGGACUCUGGACAACAUUGGGGAUCCCCAUGCAACCAAAAAGCUGCUGCAUGAGGAGGACCUCAAAGGUGGAGAUGUUAGGGGCACCUCCUCCAUGUUUGAGCAUAUUGACAGUACCCAACCAACUUCAGGUGCAUUCAUUCAGAGGCAGCCUUCCAUCAGAGGGGAUGUUAGAACAUCGACAUGGUUAUUUGAGACCCAGCCCAUGGAUGCCUUAAAUAAACUGAGAAGAGAUGAAGGGGAAUUGGUUGAAGCAGUGUUAAAAGAACCUAUCGAGAGAGGAGAUGUGAGAGGGGCUCGGCUGCUCUUCGAGUCCAAGUCACUGAGUAACUUGGGGCGCUGCGACUCCAUUGAAGACCACAGUUUUCUGAAACUUAAGUCUGAGCUCCAGGAACAGAAGGGAGGUGUUGAGAAGACUGUGAAACUCUUCCAGACAGAACCUUGCUGUGCCAUCGCAGAUAAAAGUGGCAAUAUCCAUGAGAUUAAGUCCAUUUGCAGAGAGGAAAUCAGGAGCGACAACAUCAGCACUGCACGUUGGCUCUUUGAAACCCAGCCUUUGGACAUCAUUAAUAAGGGAACUGAUGGAGUGAAAAUUAUUCGGGGUAUAUCAUUGGAAGAGGGCCAGAGUGGAGGUGUUGCUAGAAAGAAGUGGUUGUUUGAGACACAGCCAUUUAACACAAUACAAGAGGGCAUGGAAGUGCCCAAAUUUGAAGCAACUUUGGCUAGCUGCACUGGAGAGGCUGAUGUUGAGAACAAAAGAAAGCUCUUCGAGACGCAGCCAUUAGCAGCACUGAAAGGAGACUCAACAGAAACAGAAAUGGCUUUGGAAAAGGAACAAAUACUUGGGGGUGAUGUCAAGACCUCACUGUGGCUGUUUGAAACUCAGCCUAUGGAGUCCCUCAAUGAUAGCUGUGAAGUUGGACAUUUGAAGAAUAUUACCCUCUCAGCUGAUGAACAAGGAGCAGUAAAAGGCACAAAGCAAAUUUUUGAAAAUUACAGAGGCGAAAAAAGCACUGAAGUCAGACAGGAAGAGAUUGAAAAGGGUGAUGUUAAGUUAUUCAAACAUCUUUUUGAGACAAUUCCUCUGAGCAAAAUCACUCACUCCGAUGAGGAAUUAAAUCAGAGCAUGGUAGGCAUUGCCACAGCAGGGAAUGUGAAAGGUAACAAAGCACUGUUUGAGACAAUCCCAUUAUAUGCUAUAAAAGACUGUUCAGGGAAUCUCCAUGAAGUCAAAACCGUCAGCCGAGAGGAGCACAUCAAAGGAAAUGUCCAAAACUACAAGUGGCUGUUUGAGACCAAGCCUUUUGACCAAUUCGUAGAAAUAAAAGGAAAUGUUGAAGUAAUCAAAGGCAUCACCAGACAAGAGGAUACAAUGGGUGAUGUCAAGAUGGCAAAGUGGCUUUUUGAAACCCAAACAAUCGAUGACAUCCAUUCCAAGUUCAAUCAGACAGAUCAAAGUUCUUCCGUAGAGGAGGAAGAGUCUCGAAAAGGUGAUGUGAAGACAUGCAAAUGGUUAUUUGAAACACAACCAAUGGACAUUUUGUAUGAGAAAUCUGACAAAGUGCCUGACAAAGAAGCCAUUGAAAAUACCAAUGUCAAAUCCUUCACUUGGCUUUUUGAAUCACAGCCUCUAGACAGCAUUAAAGACAGUGAAGAACAUAAGUUAAAGUUAUGCGACACAGUACAGGAUACUAUAAAAUCAGAGGUUGGUGUCAAAACAGUGAAGCAUCUUUUUGAGACAGAAACUUUAGACAGAAUAAGAAAGGAUACAAGUACAGAUCAAGAUGUGACAUAUGUUAGCCAGGUGGACGUUCAGUCAGGAGAUGUCUCACGGGUCAAAGAACUGUUUGAGUCCCAGUCCCUUGAUGAAAUAGGUUCAGAGACGACAACAUCAACUGGUGAGGACAACCAAGGUGACCACAUUCAGGGAGGGGCAGUUCAUAAAUUCACCUGGUUGUUUGAAAACUGUCCAAUCAACACGAUCAAUGAUAAGGACACCAAUGAGGCAGACAUGCACAGAGUCAGUGACAUUGAGGGUGGUGAUGUACACAACAAGAAAUUUAUAUUUGAAACUUUCUCGUUGGACAAGAUCCAUGAUCAGCCUCUGGAAAUGGAGUCUAUCUGUGUGGAAAAGCAUGUGAGCAAUGUGGACGUCAAGUCCAGCACCAUGAUGUUUGAGUCCCAGCCACUGUAUGCAAUCAGAGACAAGGAAGGACAAUUUCAUGAAGUCACUACUGUGAAGAAAGAGGAGGUAAUGAGUGGUGAUGUACGGGGAGCCAGGUGGAUGUUUGAGACAAAGCCUCUUGAUGCCAUCAAGGCAGAAAAUGAGGUUUAUGUGAUUCGAGCUGUCACCCAGGAAGACGUCAAGAAAGGGGACGUCAAAUCGGCCAGAUGGAAGUUUGAGACACAGCCUUUGGACUCCUUCACCAGCCAAGAUGAGCCCUCUGUUGAUGUUGUAGAGUGCUUGGGAAGCAGUAAUGUGCAACUCAGUAAAGAGAUCUUUGAAUCUGACCAGUCAGCUAAUAAAAAGUAUGUGAGAAUGGUUAGUGUUACUGAUGUCCAACAAGGCGACGUCAGAACCUCCACCUGGCUCUUCGAAAAUCAACCCAUUGACAGCCUCAAAGGGGAACCUAUGGAGCAAGGUAUGGUAAAUACUGUCCAUAGGGAAGAUGUCCAGAAGGGAGAUGUGAAACGCUGUACUUGGCUGUUCGAAUCACAACCUCUGGACAAGAUCAAGGAAUCUGAUGACAGUUCAGUGCAUGAAGUUCAAGAGGAGAUUCCAAAAGUUGAUGUGAAGAGUACAACUUGGCUAUUUGAAACCACUCAGCUUGACAAAAUUACAGUCAGCAAUGUUACUGACACUCUAUUGUAUCUCCAUCAACUGGCAUAUAUUCACUCUAAUGGCAUCAUAAUAGAGGCAAAUGAGAUAAGGAAUGUUAACAUGGCAAAAUAUCAGCUUGACAGCAAAGAAGGUGUACUCAUCCAGAAGGAGGAAGUUAUCGAGGGGAACAUCAGAAAGAUUAUGUUACAGUUAUUAUGCAGACCAAAUCUAAAGCCCCAGAUUACUCUUAUCAGAGAAAUGGAAAAGGGUAAAGUAAAUACUACAGUGGUGGAGCUCCCAGUCGAUCAGUCAACAUCAUGUAUCAACCUGGAGGAGGAUCAAAGAAUACAAAACAUUGUCGAUACAAUCGAUACCAUUCUUAUUCCAAGUAAGGCUUUGAAAAGAGGAAUCAUAAUGCAAGAGUCAGCAGGUGGAAAAGGAGAGAUGGCUAUUUACUCACUCAUCUGUCAAAGUGAAAUCAAAACAGAGAGUCCAGACAUUGAAAGAGGAGAUGUAAAGUCUACCAUUGGAAAUCUCUUGGCCACUGCUAGUAGUCAGAAGACUGCAACCUCAUGUAGAAUAGAUGAAACUGAAAAAGUCAAUGUGAAUUUGUACAAAAGUUGCAUUGAGAAAGGAGAUCUGCAAUACUUAAAGAGUCUUCAAACAGAAGCAUCAGAUGAUGACGGAGAUCCCAUCCCUCUGGCUAAGGACAACAUUGAAAUAUUUCAGGGAGAUGUGAAAGAAGCAAAACGAAGUCUUUAUGAGCAAAAAGAGCAAGUGGAGCGAACAAUCUCUGAUGUCUUGCCAGGGGAUGUAAAGAACACCAAAAAGUUUUUCUCAUCAGAGUGUUCCCACACUGUUGAAAACUGUAUCCCAAAGGAAGACAUAAUUCGUGGGGAUAUCUCAUCAGCAAAACAACAACUUGCAGUAAAGCAACCUGUAGUGGUAGAAAAAGAGGAGGUUGUGGCUGGUGACAUCAAAGCAACACUGCAAUCCUUAGAGCGUGCAAAGCAACAGAGCAUGCAUAUGGAGCGUGAGGUCAUCAAACCUGGGACUAUCUAUGACAUGAACUUGUCUGCACAAACACCUGAAACAGAAGGAGGCCAAACACAAAAGGAGGAAAUUAUAUCAGGAGAUGUGAAAGCAGCUAAAAAAUCCCUUGAAAUGGCCAAGAGUCAAAGUAUGCGUGUGGAGCGUCAAGUCAUUGUCCCGGGAAAAAUAUACAACCUGAAUGUCUCAGCAGAUGAGCAAAGCUCCUCAACAGUGACACAGACUACAUCGUCAUCUUCCUCCAGAGACCAGCAGAUCACAACGACUUAUCAAAAGGUCAGUGAUGAGGUGAAAGAUCAGGAAACCCAUGUGACAUUUCAGGCUUGUCAACAACAUGAAAUGACACAAAGUACAGUUAGAGCCAAUAAUUGUACACAACAGUCACAGCCACCUAUUCUUUUAAAAUCUGAGUGUGAUGGUAAGACAACAGAGGAAGAGACAGGAGCAGAAAUUGUCAGAGGAGAUGUGAAAGCAGCAAUUAGGUCUCUGCAGAGUGCAGCAAUGGAGCAGAAACUCCCAGACAAAGAGGAUAUUAUAAGAGGUAACAUGCAGUUGGCACUAAAAUCCCUUGAGAAGUCUAGCGUAAAUGUAUCAAAGGGAGACUUUAAAGCUGCAAUGAUAUACAGGAAUUCAGGCAGAACUUGUUCAGGAAGCAGCAAGCCUGAUCACAAGCAGUGUGUUAUGGUAUCUAUGCCUUCAUCUGACAAUGAAUUGUCUCCUUCGAUUUCAGUAACUUGUGAAGAACAACCAUCCCUUAAAACACAGAACACUACACCUGACCAUGUAACGCUCUUGAAUGGAAACUCAAAAUCAUCGUGUUCUGAAGGUAUAGCACCUCCUCCACUCCCUCAAAAGUCACGUGAGAAACCCAUGGACAAGAGGCCAGCUCUACCACCCAAGCCACAACAGAUUAAACCAACAGGUCUUAAUGAGCAAUAUAUUAUGCCACCUCCUUCCAAAGUCCUCCCUCACUCUAUCAAUGACUGUGUAAUUAAGAUGGCCACAGAUAAUGCAGCAGAACCUGCAGGUAACAUUUCAGAUUGUCAAUUUGAUAAGAAAUUAACAGCGCAAAACAACACUGAAGAGCAAAUGGAGAGAAAUGUGAUACAGAAAAUCAAUGCAGCUGAGGAGAUACAGAUGUGCUGUCAGACUUAUUCAGAAGAUGGUAGACAUGGAAUAAACAUGGGUUUUAAAGCUGCUCUACAGAACUUUGGGAAAAGUGACAGAAGUGCUGUGGACACGGUUCCAGUUUUGUCCAAGAAGACUAAAGUAAAUGAAAAGGUUAGCCAAGAAAAGCAAACCUGCCAAACUGCUAUACAAGAGAAAUCAAAACCCCAAAUUGCAAAAAAACAACAGUAUAGCGACGAGAUGCAAAAAUCAGUCACCAAUAAUCUGGUUGAAUCAUGUCCUGUGCCCCAACAAAUUCAUGCUGAAGGAGAAACAAAGCCUGAGAAUGAGGUUGUUCUCAGAAAGAGGAAAGUAAAGGAGACAGAGGAUGAGAGGCGACAGAGACUCUCUGUUCACAAAGAGGAGAUCAUGAAAGGGAACGUGAAGGCAGCCAUGGAGAUCUUUGAGAAUCUAAGGAAACGAGAAGAGCUAAAGAUAAUUCUGUCUCAAGUACAAGAGAUAGAGGGAGAGACCAGCAAUGUAGACGUUAGCUCCUUGAAGACUUUAUUUGAGAACGUCCCUGCUUGGAUAGUUUCUCCAAGUAGAAAUGCUGGGCAAAGAAAUAAAAAAGGGGAAUUGAAGGUUGAAAUAGAGACACAGGAUGAUGAAAUAGAAAGUACCUCCUCAGUUGAGACUGCAUUCGAAGAUCUGGAAAAGGCAAGCAGGGAAAUAAUCAUUCUUAAGGAACAGACUUUAGCCAAACUCCUUGAUAUUGAAGAGGCAAUUAAAAAGGCUUUGUACUCAGUCUCCAAUCUGAAAUCUGAGGCUGAUAUUGCUGGGCUAUCAGGACUGUUUGAUGAAUCGUUGAAAUCUGAGCAAAGCUGCCACCCUACAAACAAUAUCAGGAAAAUCAGUAUUGUGUCUAGCAAGGUCAAAACAGAGCAAAUUAAAGAGACACCUCAAGUGAAUGUCAAAGAGGCUUUAGCAUCAAGUCCUUCAAAACCAGAAGGUACACCCACACAGGUGAAAAAUAAAACACUCAUCAGACAGUCCAGUGCCCCAUCCUCCCCGUCAUUCAUCUCCAUCCACUCUGCUGCCAAAAAGCCCACAGAGCAAUACAAGUCACUCACCUCCACAGCCAAGUCAAAAGGAGACGGAAAUUCCCAAAGUCACCAAGGUAAUGGUGAUCUAGGCCAAACAACUGGAGCUGCUGAGUUCUCAAACAAUUUUCACAACUCUGCAUGUCCACAACGCAAGGUCAGUGUCCUUGAGGUGAAAGCUAUUCCAGAGCCUCCUGCAGGAAUAUUUGGCACCAAGACUGUUAGUGAAACCUAUGAAGAGACCGAUGGAUUUGGAAAUACAUUCGUUUCAUCCAAAACAUCAACAUUUGUUACCAAGCACUCUGAGAGUAACUUGUCUGCAUCGUUUGAAGUAGUUGGCAGUCCAGCUAGAUAUGAAGUAAUGACAUCCCCUUUGAUGCGAAGGUCUAAUCGCCCCUUUGUAGAAAAUGUGCUGACCAAUGCCAAGGAAGAAGGAACAGUUUUUGUAACAUUUAGCCAACCAAAGACUGAAAAGCACUAAAAUUAGUUUGGAUGACUAAUUAUUUCUUUUAUGUAUUUAUAAUGUUUUCAAUGCAAAAGUUAUGUCACUUAUGUCAUAUGAAUAAUUCAUCUUCUUAUGAAAUCAUGAGAAUAUGUCUUAUGGAUUUUAUACUGUAACAAUAUAGUUAAAUGUUAUGUCCUUUUAUUAAAUCUCAGCAAUAUGGUGGAUAUAUUUUGUUGUGUUAAUGGCCAAAUAAUGGUCAAA